AUGGAACUCAAUGUUUUUGGAUUGGAAGUUAUUGUAAAACCUUAGAAUAUUCAGAUGCUUCUAUAAAUUAUUAUAGAGAUAAUAUUUAAUGUAAUAAAUGGUUAUAGCAUUGUAUUUAUAAUUCAGUACUUGGAGGAUAUAUGGAUCGACCUAAUCCACUUGUUUGCACAUCUUCUCCAAAUAAUAGUAUGUACAAUGUACAAUAAUCAUGAAAAAUGUUUCGCUUGGAAUCCUUAUUGCACUGUGGUUUCUUCUAUUUAAGCUGAAGGAUGUGAAUUAAAGAAAACAAACUGUAAUGAAUAUAUUAAAAAAAGAAAUUAUCAAACAAAUUUGAGUGGUUAAUAUUGUUAUUGGGAUGAUUUUGAAGGAAAAUAUAAAAAUGAAGAUAACGAUAAAUAAAAGAGUCUUAGGAAAUUUAUCUCAUUAAGAUUGUGAAGAUUUUCUACCUAAAUGUACAAUAAAUAACAUUUCUAGAAAUUGUGAAUAUCUUCAAAAUUAUUGUUCCAAGUAUUCAUAUGAAUAGCAUUGUGUAAUCGCUAACGAAUAAUAACCUUGUAAAUGGGACAAUUACAAUUAGAAAUGUUUAGACGUAGAAUGCAUAGAUAAUUCCACUGCGUAGACUGAAAGUGAAUGUUUAAAUUUUAGGAGAUUUUUCUAGUGUCAACUAAAGAUUAAUUCAAAUGGAUCUUAUGGACCUAGUUGUGAUAAGAGACCCUCAAGUUUUACUUUAAUUACAAAUUCUACAAUUUGUAACUUAACUUUAACCACAUACAAUGAAAGAUGCUAUUAUUUUAAUUCUUUAUGUUAGACUUAUACUAAUAUUUAUGAAAUCAGUAUACUACCUUAUAACUGUUUAUCUAUCACAAAUAGUAAAAGUGAUGCAUUUUGUUAAUUAUUCAAUAGCCUCUGCAUGCUAUAAUCAAGUGGGUUAGGAUGCUAUUUUAUUAAUAGUUGUUCAGACUUAUCAGAGAGAACUUGAAAUAAUGCUGUUAUAUAAUAUAAUUUAAAGUGUAACUAUUAUAUUUCGUGUAGAAGGGACUUAUAUUGCUCUGAUAAAUAUUACUCUUCACUCAUUUGUGAUGGCAAAAAGACUCAAUUAGGAUAAUUAUAUAGUUUUAAUUAUUCCAAUUAUACAUGCAUUGAAAAAAUAUUAUAAAAUGUAUUAACCUUUUCUUCGACAUCUAAUAAUAUCAAGAAAGAAACAAUGUCAGAAUUAUUCAUCGACGUAUAAAUAUGAUACAACUUUAAUGAAAUGUGUAUAAAUUGCAUCCUGCAGUCAAUAAUAUGCUGAAAAAUAAAUCUGUAACUUAUCAGUUGCUAAAUCUGAUGUAAAUUAAUUCUAUAAAUGUGGAUUUAAUUCUCAGACCUAUAUACAUGUACAUCAACUGUUACAGCUAAAAUUUGUUAUGGCUGGCAUUAUAAUUGUGGUGUAAAACUUUCACAAAUUAUGUAAAUUGCCAAGUUAACACAACUGCUAUUUCAAAUUACGAUUGCUUAUUAAUAAACGCUUAAUCCUGCAGAUUAAAUUAUACUAAAGGGCAAGGAUGCUCUUUUAGAAAUUGUUCAGACAUUAAAGAAUCAACAAUCUGUAUAUUUAAUUACUUGAGAAUUUAAUUAUAAUUCUACUAGCCUGA